AAAACGAUUUUGUUGCCAUGCAGUGGAUUUAAUUUGAUUUUUAUUUUUAUUUUCGGGGCUGCAAGCAGGGACAGCACAGAACCGCAUGCGCAUAUAAAAUGAGUGGGCGCAGGUUUUUUUCUAACCUCUUGAAGGUUUUCCUAAUUUAACAACAAACUAAGGAGACCCCGUUUGGGGUCAGGAUUUAUAUCUGUGAUCCUUUGCGCAUCACAGAAAUCCUAAAGAGUUGAUGGUGUGUUACUUUAGGUGACUGCGUUCUUUGGACCUGCGGAUAUGGACGGAGCAAAGAAAGAUGCCCUACCAGUGGACGAUGUGGGCAAAUCAGACACCCUCGGUUCAACUGGCUCAGCCAGAAAACGGGGAGGGGGGGCCAAAAAGGCGAUGCAGGCCAACAAGUCUGCCCUCAGGGCCCCCCGAGCCCUCUGCUGCCUCACUUUAAGCAACCCCAUCCGCAUGGCGGCACUGGCCCUGGUGGAGUGGAAAUAUCCUUUUUUUCAGCCUUUUGAUAUCUUCAUUCUUCUAGCUAUUUUUGCCAACUGUGUGGCCAUGGGGGUCACAAAGCCAUAUCCGGAUGAUGAUUCCAACCGUACCAACCACCAGCUUGAAAGAGUUGAAUAUGUCUUCCUCGUCAUCUUCACCAUUGAGACCUUCACCAAGAUUCUUGCCUAUGGUUUAGUCAUGCACCCCAGCGCCUACAUACGCAGCGGCUGGAACCUGCUGGAUUUCGUUAUUGUCAUCGUCGGGUUGUUCAGUGUGAUGGCGGAGGGCAUGACGGAUCAUAAGCCCGGAGAGGCCCACCAUGCUGCAGGAAAACCUGGAGGUCUGGAUGUGAAAGCUCUCAGAGCCUUCAGGGUGCUGCGACCUCUUCGGCUUGUAUCUGGCGUGCCGAGUUUACAGAUUGUGUUGAACUCCAUCAUGAAGGCCAUGGUCCCACUGCUCCACAUCGGCAUGCUUGUCAUGUUUGUCAUCAUAAUCUACGCCAUCAUUGGUUUGGAGCUUUUCCUUGGCAGGAUGCACAAGACGUGCUUUGACACCAGCACAGGUCUCAUGGUGGAGGACGAUCCGUCACCGUGUGCUUUUGCAGGGGUCGGCCGCUUAUGUGUCACCAAUGGGACUGAAUGCAAGGGAAAGUGGGAGGGACCAAAUGGUGGCAUCACGAACUUUGACAACAUUUUCUUUGCCAUGCUCACAGUUUUCCAGUGCAUCACUAUGGAGGGUUGGACAGAUGUGCUCUACUGGAUGAACGACGCCAUUGGACAUGAUAUUCCAUGGGUUUACUUUGUUUCUUUAGUCAUCUUCGGAUCAUUUUUCAUCAUCAACCUCGUUUUGGGUGUAUUGAGCGGAGAGUUCUCUAAAGAAAGAGAGAAGGCCGUCGCACGUGGAGAGCUGCAGAAAGCUCAGGAGAGCAAGCAGAUGGAGGAGGACAUGAUUGGCUACAUGGACUGGCUUAUAGAAGCCGAGGAUGUGGAUGAAGAAGGAAACAAACGUGCUGCAAUUGCAAAGAAAAAGAUGAUGAAAAAGUUUGGUUGGUACAAACACAGCGAGGAUGGAGGAGAGUCGGACUCUGAUGAUGACAUCGCAUACCUCGACGAUGAUCAUGGUUUCUGUGCUUCUCUCAUGGCGAGGAUGAUGGCCAAUAGCUUCUGUGACCAGUUGUGCCAGCUGAACCAUACAAUGAGAAAAAACUGCCGCGUUGCAGCGAAGACCGCAAACUUCUACUGGUUGGUGCUGCUGCUGGUGUUUCUCAACACGGUGGCCAGCGCCUCGGAGCAUUACGGUCAGCCCACAUGGCUCACAGAAAUGCAGGAGCGAGCCAAUAAGAUCCUGCUGCUGCUCUUCACCUUGGAGAUGUUGAUGAAGAUGUAUGCCUUUGGUCUUCAGAUCUACUUCAUGGCCCUGUUCAACCGCUUCGACUGCUUCGUGGUGUGUGGCGGCAUUCUCGAGACGCUGCUUGUAGAGAUGGAUGUCAUCCCACCUAUUGGCAUCGCUGUGCUGCGCUGCAUCCGACUGCUCAGGAUUUUCAAGAUGACCCGGCACUGGGCUGCCCUCUCCGAUCUGGUCACCUCACUGCUCAACUCCAUGAAAGCUAUCUGCUCCCUCCUACUGCUGCUCUUCCUCUUCCUCAUCAUCUUCGCCUUGCUGGGGAUGCAGUUGUUUGGAGGGAAGUUCAACUUUGAUGAGACUCAGAUGAAGAGAAGCACAUUUGACUCCUUCCCUCAGGCUCUGUUAACAUGUUUCCAGAUUCUCACCGGAGAGGACUGGAACGCCGUGAUGUACGAUGGCAUCAUGGCAUAUGGAGGGCCAAUCUUCCCUAACAUGGUGGUUUGCAUUUACUUCGUCAUCCUCUUCGUCUGUGGUAACUACAUCCUGCUCAAUGUCUUCUUGGCUAUUGCUGUGGAUAACUUGGCAGGAGGUGGUGAAAAGAAAACAGUAGAGGAAAAAAAGGAAGAAGAAGAGGAGUGGGAUGAGGACGAGGAGAAGGAGGACGAAGAUGCAGGGAAUGAGGAGGAUGACUGGCAGGAAAACGAGGAGCUGAGAGCCAUUGAGGGUCUGGAGGGUGUUGCACCAUUAAAGCCAGAGUUCUCUGGCCCCAAAGAGAAGAUCGUGCCAAUACCCGACGGAAGCUCCUUCUUCAUUCUUGGAAAGAAAAACUGUUUACGAGUUGCCUGCCACAACCUCAUUCACCACCCCUACUUCACCAACUUCAUCCUCAUCUUCAUCAUCCUUAGCAGCAUCUCACUUGCUGCCGAGGAUCCCAUCAAAUCCCACUCAUUCAGGAACAUCGUGCUCGGAUACGCCGAUUAUGUCUUCACUUCAGUUUUCACGGUGGAGAUCAUCCUGAAGGUAACAGCUGACAGAAUUAAACUGAACAAACCAGAGCCUAAAAAAGCUGAGCUAACCUUGUGUCUAUGCUCCUUCUUUCUCGUCUAGAUGACGGUUUAUGGAGCUUUUCUUCACACCGGCUCCUUCUGCAGAAACGCCUUUAACCUCCUUGACCUGCUUGUUGUCAGUGUGUCGCUCACGUCUUUCUUCUUGCAUUCUAGUGCGAUCUCCGUGGUAAAGAUUCUCCGAGUUCUCCGAGUGCUCAGGCCUCUCCGAGCCAUUAAUCGAGCCAAAGGACUGAAGAAUGUGGUGCAGUGUGUCUUUGUGGCGAUUCGCACCAUCGGCAACAUCUUGAUUGUCACGACUCUCCUUCAGUUCAUGUUUGCUUGUAUUGGAGUUCAGCUUUUCAAGGGCAGAUUCUACAGCUGCACAGAUGAGGCUAAACACACCCCAGACGAGUGCAAGGGAACGUUUGUGGUGUAUAAAGACGGGGACAUGAACCACCCCAUGGUCAGAGAGAGGAUCUGGGAAAACAGUGACUUCAACUUUGACAAUGUGCUGAUGGGAAUGUUGGCUUUGUUUACUGUAUCAACGUUUGAAGGUUGGCCUCAGCUCCUGUACCGCGCAGUGGACGCCAACGCCAUAAACCGAGGCCCUAUUUACAACUACCGAGUCGAGAUCUCCAUCUUUUUCAUCAUCUACAUCAUCAUCAUCGCUUUCUUCAUGAUGAACAUAUUCGUUGGUUUUGUCAUCAUUACUUUUCGAGAGCAAGGAGAGGCUGAGUUUAAAAACUGUGAACUUAACAAGAAUCAAAGGCAGUGUGUGUAUUAUGCACUGAAAGCUCAGCCAAUAAAGAUUUACAUCCCAAAAAACCCAUCCCAGCUGAAGUUCUGGAAAGUCAUCAACUCCAGCCAGUUUGAAUAUAUCAUGUUUGUGUUGAUUUUGGGAAACACCCUCACUCUGGCUAUUCAGCAUUAUGAGCAGUCGAAACUAUUCACCUCCAUCAUGGACAUUCUCAACAUGAUCUUCACCGUGGUUUUCACGAUAGAGAUGGUCAUCAAGCUGAUGGCUCUUCGCGCUCAUCAUUAUUUUAUCGAUCCCUGGAAUUCAUUCGACGCGCUGAUCGUUGUAGGCAGCGUCUUGGACAUUGCAGUGUCUGAAUUUAGUGGCGGAGGCGGCCACGGAGAGGGUGGUGGGAAAGGAGAAAGCGGAAAAGUGUCCAUCACGUUCUUCCGUUUGUUCCGAGUGUUGAGGUUGGUCAAGCUGCUCAGCAAAGGAGAGGGCAUUCGAACUCUUCUCUGGACUUUUGUCAAAUCCUUGCAGGCUUUGCCUUACGUUGGCCUCCUCAUCGCUAUGAUCUUCUUCAUCUACGCUGUGAUUGGCAUGCAAAUGUUUGGGAAAAUAGCUGUCGAUGACGACACAGACAUCAACAGAAACUGCAACUUCCAGACGUUCUUCAUGGCGGUUCUGGUUCUUUUUAGGUGUGCCACUGGAGAGCAGUGGCAGCAGAUCAUGCUGGGCGCCCUGCCUGGCAGACGCUGUGACCCAGAGUCUGACGUUGAGCCCGGUGAAGAGUUCACCUGCGGGAGCAACUUGGCCUACCUUUACUUCAUCAGCUUCUUCAUGCUCUGCGCUUAUCUGAUCAUCAACUUGUUCAUUGCUGUCAUCAUGGACAACUUUGAAUAUCUUACAAGAGACUGGACAGUGUUGGGGACUCACCACCUGGACGAGUUUAAGAGAGUUUGGUCUGACUACGAUCCAGAAGCCACAGGUCGCAUCAAGCACAUCGACGUAGUCACUAUGUUGCGCAGGAUUCAGCCACCUCUUGGCUUUGGAAAGCUGUGCCCUCAUCGUGUUGCUUGCAAAAGACUGGUGGCUAUGAAUGUGCCCCUUCACCCUGAUGGGACUGUCACUUUCAACGCCACUCUGUUUGCUCUUGUCCGAACUUCACUCAAGAUCAAGACUGAAGGCCCUGUUGAUAAGCAGAAUGAGGAGCUGAAGAUUAUCAUUAAGAAGCUGUGGAAGCACACGAAGCCUAAACUCAUUGAUGAAAUCAUUCCGCCCCCUAGAGGGGACGAGGUGACUUGUGGAAAGUUUUAUGCCAGUUUCCUGAUUCAAGACUACUUCAAAAAGUACAGAAAGAGAAAAGAGAGAGAAAGAAAAUCCAAGAAGAAGGACAAGGCUGCUGCACUGCAGCAAGGGCUGCGGACGCUGCGGGAUCUGGCUCCAGAGAUGCGUCUGGCGAUGGCUUGUGACCUAGAGGAAGAAGAGGCCACAGAAGGAGAGAUGACAGGCGAUGAGGUAUUUGACAGCGAGCACGGGACCUCUGCAAACCCCACGCCUGCCAGCACUCCGAUGCCGCCCCUGGACAUGCUGGUGGAGCAGACAGCUGUGAUCAUCGAACCCAUGCCUAGGGUCGCCAAUGGAGAUGUGAUCACCAAGCAGGUGGAGGCCUUGCAGGAGCACCUGAGACCAGGAUCAGAGCUGGCAGGUUUCACAGUUGUUACAGAGCAACCUGGAAGGUCCGAACCCCUUCCCAUCAGCGAAUCGCCUCUUCCUCCGCCUCCACCAGAGAUAUCAGCAGAAGAAGACUUUCUCCUCAAAGAUGCACUCGUUCCAACUCAAAGUGAAGCACCUGAACAGUUUUACAAGCGUGAGGCAUAUGCUACACAUUUAACAUCAAUAGAUGGGUUUGAGUAUCCAGAGGCAGUUUCUCCUGUACCAACUGAGACAGGAGACAAUGGUCAGACUUUUGACAGAGAUAGCAGCAUAGGAGAAAUACCCUAUGGAGCUCCUGACCCCAAUGGCUUCAUCGGCAGUGAAAACAACAUGAACGGAGGGAGCACCGCUGUCAGCCCCACUCCCUAUGACACAAACGGAUAUAACAGAAAUGGAUACACAGGCUACAAUGUGAACGGCAUCAUCCUCGGCACCAACGACAAUGGAAGUACCGUAGGUGGCUGCAAUGAAUACGGCAGCACCUUCAGCGGUUACAAUGGAAACAGUGGUUACAAUGGGAAUGGUUACAAUGGGAACGGCUACAAUGGGAACAGUGGUUACAAUGGGAAUGGCUUCAAUGAAAAUCAAAACAGUGGAGCCCAGUUUGUCCGGAGACGGCUGCUUCCUGCCAUACCAAAAGGUCGGAAGCCUGCAUUUAACUUCCAGUGUCUAAAGCCUCAGACCAGUGUGGACAAUCUCCCCAUUCCUGGAAACUAUCAUGGGAACACGUCACCAACCAGAUCCCGCCUGCAGAACCAGCACAACCUGGACUCCCGGCCCAGCAGUGUGUCGUCCAUGUCUUCCACCUCGUGGGCCAACACAGCAGCAGCUGGUGCCACACCCCUUCCAGGAAUAAUUGCCCCCGCAGGGCGUCGAGGCAAGCUCAUUUACACCCCCAUGAUCCUGGUGGAUCAAGAAAGUGGUGCUAGUCAGCCACUCUGGAGUGACGGCUCUGCCAGUCUCCCUGCAGGAAAACGUCCAGGCUGGUACCCUGGUCAGACAAGGACCUUCACCAGCAUGAGGAUGCAACCUUCUGUUAACCAGGGCCUCAUAGAUAAAGGCAGCGCAGACAGUCUGGUUGAAUCAAUCUUGAUCUCUGAGGGCCUAGGCAUCUACGCCAGGGAUCCGAAAUUUGUAAGCUUUGCCAAGCGGGAGAUUGCCGAAGCGUGUCACAUGAGCUUGGACGAAAUGGAGACUGCGGCUGCCGACCUGAUAGUGCGAGGAGCCAGUCAUCUGUCCCAGUUUGAGAACGAACUGGCAGAUGAAAUGAACUGCGUGAUUUCUUACUGAGAUCACCAAAGCCAAAAUACAGUAAAGACAUGAAGUCUUGAGCCAAUCUUUUGUGUGUUUAUACACAAGUUAUUUUAACAAAACAUUAAAUAAGAGAGGUGAGUUUUUGUAGUUUUCAUACAUCCUGCUGGGUAUGAAAUACUUUUGUUUGUGAAUGCCAAAACAUGCACACAUAUUGAUUUUAAGAGCACACAUGAGUAUGUGGCAGGACUCCCUCUGAUGUGGCUCAGGAAGUUUUUAUAUUUACACAGGAGCCUGCUGAGUAUAAAGUCAAAUUCAGGCACUUAAACCAUUAUAACAGAGGGUCGUUUUUCAUUGUAUUUCUAUUUGCACUGUACUUGAUCUAUCAUCGCUUAAUACAUCUAUGAGCUCAAAUAUUGUUUCAUAUAAUCUCCUGAACUUUUACAUGUAAAACCGUAAUACGUCAGCAGCACAGAUGAUGAUGAUGAUAUUUGAAUGCAUUAGAUGUUUUAGAGAAAUAUUUCACUAAACUGAAUAUCCUCUAAGAUGCAGCAUCCCAACUUCUGUUAAAAAUGUCUGCGUUGUAUUUUCUGAUUAUAGUGACUGUUCAAUCAGGUGGCUUUACAGCCUGCAGAAAUAAAGUAUGUUUUCUCAAACAAA